UCCUGAAUAAUUCACACCGGAUUGCUUUGGGCAGUGACGCAGAGAAGGAUACAGAUGCUCGACUACUUUUCUGUUAAAUUGUUAGAAAUUCGCACAGUUUGGACGAACCGCCCGUUUUUUUCUUUACCGUUAGGUUUCGCAUUGACGUGUCAGCUCGAGUAAAUGUGAAAGGGUGUGCUCGUCAAGCGAAAGCGCUUCUUUAUGUCGAUAUUGGUGUGGUGUCGCUGAUUAAGGAAAAUAAAGAUGCCGCAGCCCAAAUCUCGAAAAAUCGCCGUGCUGGGUUACAGAUCCGUGGGGAAGUCCUCUUUGACAAUACAGUUUGUUGAAGGCCAGUUUGUGGACUCGUACGACCCGACUAUAGAAAACACAUUUACUAAAAUGAUCACAGUCAAUGGCCAAGAGUACCAUCUGCAGCUGGUCGACACAGCAGGGCAGGAUGAGUACUCUAUUUUCCCUCAGACCUAUUCCAUAGACAUCAACGGUUACAUUUUGGUGUAUUCUGUUACAUCAAAUAAAAGUUUUGAAGUAGUAAAAGUUAUUCAUGAAAAAUUGCUGGAUAUGGUGGGAAAAGUACAAGUACCAAUAAUGCUGGUGGGAAAUAAAAAAGAUCUCCAUAUGGAGCGUGUUAUCAGCUGUGAAGAAGGCAAAGCUUUGGCAGAAUCAUGGAAUGCAGCGUUCAUGGAGUCCUCUGCAAAAGAGAACCAGACUGCAGUGGAGGUGUUCAAGAGGAUAAUCCUGGAGGCUGAGAAGAUGGAUGGCGGAGCCCCACAGGACCGGACACCCUGCUCGCUGAUGUAGAUUCGUUCUCCCUGCCUGUCCUGACCACUGGAGGACACACACAGACCUUUCUGGAGAACGCUUUCAAUCAGUCCUUUAUUUAAGGGAACAUUUGAUUUUUUGGCUUAGGUCAGGACGAGGUGUCCGGGGUUCAGAUUAACGGUUUGGAUCGGGUUUAACAGUUAGAGUUAAGCACAGUUAAUGAUGAAUGUUCACCAGAAAAGUCUGUCUGGAGUCCACUACCCAACCCAACCUCCCCACAACCCCCACCUCCUUACCACAACACUGGACACUGGGAAAUCCCUCUACUUGAAGUGGCUAACUGCCUGUUUUCCUCCAUACAAAAAAUGUUGACUUUUCUUUUUAACCUCCUUUUUUAUACUUCAUUUCAUUUUAAUUUUUGUUGUGUAUUAUUUUUUAAAUAUUCUUUUGGAAGAUACACUGACUCCUCAGCUGCACUUAUCUCUUCAUUUCUCACUCUCUCUUUCUUUCUAUCUCUGCUUACUGUUCUCUCUCCUCCCCCCACCAGCCAUCCCUAUAUCUCCACAAGCAAACCCCUAUAAAAUACUGAGCCUUACUUUCUCACCGCUCAUAUCCCCGCAUCUCUUUUCUACCUUUUGUCUUUCCUCCCAAACCAUUAUCAAUUUGUAUAUUGUAUUUCUUAAAUGGUAAUAAUGGCCAAUAAAGUUUUCAGCAUUCAUUGUCCUCUGUAAUGAAUGAUGUUUAACUUUUUUUGAUUGUAAUCAUUAAAUGCAGCAUUUUGUUUCACUACA